AUGCAUCCCGCCGCCGUCGCCGCCAUGAACGAGGCGCCGUCCUCCUCCGUCGCGCCCUUCCGCGCCCGCCCGGGGCACGUCCACCGCACCUGGGCCGGCACCUUCUCCUCGCUCCCCGAGCUCUACAUCCAGCCCGAGACCGUCGCCGAGGUCGAGCGCGCCGUCUCCCUCGCACGCCUCUGCCGCCGGCGCCUCGUCACCACCGGCUGCGGCCACUCCCCCUCCCACCUCACCUGCACCUCCAGCUGGAUGCUCAACCUCGACGGUUUGCGCGCCGUGCACUCCGUCGACCCCGCCACCGGCCUCGUCGUCAUGGACGCCGGCAUUCGGCUGCACGCGCUCUGCGCCGAGCUCGACCGCCACGGCCUGGCCAUGCCCAACCUCGGCAGCAUCAACGAGCAGUCCAUCGCCGGCGCCAUCGCCACCGGCACCCACGGCAGCAGCGUCGCGCACGGGCUCAUGUCCGAGGACGUGGUCGCGCUGCGCGUCACCCUCGCCGACGGCCGCACCGUGGCGUGCUCCGCCGAGACCAACACGGACCUGUUCCGCGCCGCGCUGCUGUCGCUCGGCGCGCUCGGCGUCGUCGUCGAGGUCACGCUGCGCGCCGUGCCCGCCUUCACCCUGCGCUGGCGGCAGACCAUCGACUCCGAUCGCAAGAUGCUGUCCGCGUGGGAGGACGGCGUCGGCGGCGCGGGCUCGCUGUGGACGCAGUCCGAGUUUGUCCGCGUGUGGUGGUUCCCGCACACGCGGCGGGCGGUCGUCUGGCAGGCGGACAAGACCGAGGAGCCGCCGCGGGAGCCGCGCAAGAGCUACUACGACGGCGCGCUCGGGUACUACGUGUACCACAACCUGCUGUGGCUGGCGCAGUUCGCGCCGCGCAUCCUCCCCUGGGUCGAGCGCUUCGUCUUCGGCAUGCAGUACGGCUUCGCCGACGGCUCCGCCACCUCGGGCGUGCAGCCCGGCGCGCACGCCCUGCUGAUGAACUGCCUGUACUCGCAGUUCGUCAACGAAUGGGCCAUCCCGCUCGCCAAGGGCCCCGAGGCGCUCCGCCGCCUGCGCUCCUGGCUCAACCGGCUCACGCCCGCGGACCCGGACUACGUGCCGCACAACAUCCCCUUUUCCGCCGAGGGCCUGUACGUGCACGCGCCGGUCGAGGUGCGCGUCAGCGACACCUCCCUCACCCAGGCGCCGCGGCCGCUGCUCGACCCGACCGUCGAGGACGGGCCGACGCUGUACCUCAACGCGACGCUGUACCGGCCGUACGGGCGCGACCCGCCCUGCCGGGGGCGCUACUACGAGGCGUUCGAGUGGCUGAUGCGCGACAUGGGCGGGCGGCCGCACUGGGCCAAGAACUUCGAGGCCGGCCGCGCGGAGCUGGAGGCGCUGUACGGAGAGCGCCUGGACGCGUUCCGGCGGGUGCGCGACGAGGUCGACCCGGAGGGCAUGUUCGUCGGCGCGUGGCACAGGGAGAAGGUGCUCGCGGAGGGGGCCAAGUUGCCACUGGAGGAGGCGGAGACGGCGAGGGGGGCGAUGGCCGGCGGCGGGCUAAUGACGCAUGGGCAAGUGUAG